AUGUUUGCAAAGGUCGUCGUUGUCUGCGCUCUUGUGAGCAUCGUCCGUGGUGGACUAAUUGCGAGUCCUCACGGAGCCAUCUCAUCGCAGAGCAUAGUCCUUGGACAUCCUGCACCGGCAUACGCCAGGACUUACGCUGCGCCGGCCUUAGCUGCACCAGCUUACGCCUCUUAUGGCUUGGGAUUAGGCCACAGCGCAGUAGUUGCACACGCGGCGCCAGUCUAUCACGCUGCACCAAUUGCCCACGCAGCCCCCGUUGAGAUCUACUCGCAUCCCAGGUACCAGUUCAACUACGGCGUCGCUGAUGGUCACACCGGUGACCAGAAGAACCAGUGGGAAGCGCGUGAUGGUGACGUUGUGAAGGGCCAGUAUUCCUUGGUAGAGCCUGAUGGCACCAUCCGCACUGUCGACUACACUGCUGACGACCAUAAUGGAUUCAACGCAAUUGUGCGCAGACAAGGUCAUGCGGCCCACCCAGCCACCGCUCCUCUCGUCAAGACCGUUGUAGCCGCCCCCGCAUACGGUCACGGCCUCCUGCAC